UGGGCGCUAGCAGCAGGAGCUACAGGCAGCUGGAUUCAGCGAGUCAGCUCAGACUUGCCUGGAGGAAUCCUGCUAAACACUAAUAACAGCUGCCGGCCCGAUCAUCAGUCCUACAUCUGGAUCAGAAACGGACGGGAAAUCCUGAACCAAACGUCUCCUUCUGUUUCUGUCUCGGUUCGUCCCGCAGACACAUAUUCCUGCUCUCUGGAGGGAAACCAGGAGUUUCCGUCUCCGUCGGUCUAUGCUCCUCUUCCUCCCUCCGUCUCAGUCAGUCCCUCUGCUGAGGUGGAGGAGGGAAGUUCAGUGACUCUGACCUGCAGCAGCGAUGCUAACCCAGCAGCUAGCUACUCCUGGUACAAGGAGAGCAUCACCAGUUCUCCCAGUAAAGACUCCCAGCUGGUCUUCAGCUCCAUCCAGUCCUCUGACUCUGGAAUGUUUAUCUGUAAAGCUGAAAACCAGCUGGGCUGGAAAUGGUCUGAAUUCAAACGGAUUGAUGUUAAAUAUGCUCCUCUUCCUCCCUCCGUCUCAGUCAGUCCCUCUGCUGAGGUGGAGGAGGGAAGUUCAGUGACUCUGACCUGCAGCAGCGAUGCUAACCCAGCAGCUAGCUACUCCUGGUACAAGGAGGAUGAAGAUUCUCCCAGAGCUUCAGGACGGAGCUUCAUCAUCACUGACGUCAGACCUGAACACAGUGGAAAUUAUUCCUGUAAAGCUGAAAACACCAGAGGAAGUCAGAGCUCCACCGUUCACCUGGAGGUCAAAGGAUCCAGAUCUGCAGCUGCUGCAGGAAGUGCUGCUGUUCUACUUCCUGUCGUUUUCCUCUCUGUGUGUCUGUGGAUCCGGAAGACGAGGAGCUGCAAGGAAACAGCUGAGCUCAGAGCAGACGAGCUGCAGCAGGAGGAUCCAGAGCAGCAGGAUGAGCUUCUGUACGCCCCUGUUCGCUUCAUCAGGAAGCCGCCAGACGGAGCAGCUCAGAGUCCCAGAGGAAACCAGAGAUACCAGGACGCUGCUGCUGCAGCAGCUGCUGCAGCUGCAGCUGCUGCAGAGAGCCACCUUCACCCCGAGAUCCAGACAUGACGACAGCAGAGAGGAUCCAGCCGCACUUUACAGCACCAACCAACACAGGACCUGAACGACUUUACCUACGCUCAUAUUUUCCUUUUAGCUUCUGUAUGUUGCAUCUCUGAACUGCCAGAGUAAAAAUGUUCUGGGUCCAGACGGGCCGCCGAAUGUUUAGGGUCUGAGACUGCAGCCAUCAUCUUCCUCGCUCUUCAUCAGGACACCGUUAGUUUCCUGUGUUAUUAUGGGAUGGCUGCUGGUUUCUGCAGGACGAUGGUUUCAGCUCCAGUUCGUUCAGGAAGAGACACAGAGAACAGAACAGUUCUGCUGAUCGUCUCUGAUCAGCAGAACCAGAAUCUGAGCUCAACUGGACCCAGAACGUUUCAAAUGUCUGAUUUCUGUCUGCAGAGGUCAAAACUGAGAACUACAUAAAUAUAUAAUUUAAUACUUCAGUGGAACACAAGAUGGAGCCAGUUUACUGUUAACAACACAAACAACAGUUUUUACUCAGGCACCGACUAAAACACUCAUUACAGGAAAACA